UCAGGGUUAACUUCAGUGACGACCUUGAAUUUUUUUUUUCUCUGCGAAAUUCUGAAGAAAAUAGGUGACAUGGAUCGUGAAAUAGCCCAAAAGACAUGGGAAAUGUCUAACAACGUUGAGCUUGUUCAAAAUGUUGAUGAGAUUUACAAGUAUGACAAGAAACAACAGCACGAGAUACUGCAAGCAAAACCAUGGUCGAAAGACAACCAGUAUUUUAAGUAUAUCAAGAUCUCGGCCCUAGCACUGUUGAAGAUGGUAAUGCAUGCAAGAUCAGGAGGAACACUAGAGGUCAUGGGACUGCUCCUGGGAAAGGUUGAUGGUGAGACGAUGAUAGUAAUGGAUUGCUUUGCUCUUCCAGUUGAAGGCACAGAGACGAGAGUCAAUGCACAGGCUGCUGCAUAUGAAUAUAUGGCUGCUUAUAUUGAGAAUGCCAAACAUGUUGGACGUUUAGAAAACGCUAUUGGUUGGUAUCACAGUCAUCCUGGAUAUGGAUGCUGGCUGUCAGGUAUUGAUGUAGGAACACAGAUGUUAAAUCAACAGUUUCAAGAACCAUUUGUGGCCAUUGUGGUUGAUCCAGUCAGGACAAUAUCUGCAGGAAAGGUCAACAUCGGUGCUUUCAGGACGUAUCCAAAGGGAUACAAACCACCUGAUGACGGACCGUCAGAAUACCAGACCAUUCCACUCAACAAGAUUGAAGACUUUGGUGUCCAUUGCAAGCAGUAUUAUAGUUUAGAGAUCUCAUACUUCAAAUCAGCUCUGGAUCGUAAGCUGCUAGAAUCACUCUGGAAUAAAUACUGGGUCAACACGCUCAGCUCGUCAAGUUUACUUACAAAUGCUGACUAUACGAUAGGUCAAGUGUCAGAUCUUUCAGAGAAGCUUGAGAAUGCUGAGAGUCAGUUAGGGCGGGGUAGCUUCAUGCUUGCUGUUGAUCAUGAAAAGAAGGCUGAAGACAAACUAGGAAAAGCUACAAGAGAUAGCUGCAAGUCCACCAUAGAGGUCAUCCAUGGUCUCAUGUCACAGGUCAUCAAGAACAGGUUAUUCAACCAGGUCCAUAAUCGCUGAGAAACGAGGCAUUUUAUUCAUUGUAGGAAAUAAUGAUAACUAUUAACAAAGGACUUAAGGUUGUAUGUUUGCUUAUUGGAAAUAGCCUCCAAGGAGGCCCUGUAACUCAAAACUCUGUGAUUAAUGAUAGGAAUGAUAUUUGUGACUGAUUGUAUUGGUCAUUAUGUACAAUUGAUCGCAGUGCUCAUUCAUAGAAGCAAAUGCUUAUCAAAUGUUACAGGGACCAGGAUG